CUCCUCGGCUGCCCGUGGCCCCCGCCCGCGCCCCCCGGCCCCGCCAUGUCGCUGCACGGGAAGCGGAAGGAGAUCUACAAGUACGAGGCGCCCUGGACCGUGUACGCCAUGAACUGGAGCGUCCGGCCCGACAAGCGCUUCCGCCUGGCGCUCGGCAGCUUCGUGGAGGAGUACAACAACAAGGUUCAGCUUGUUGGUUUAGAUGAGGAGAGCUCAGAGUUCAUUUGCAGGAACACCUUUGAUCACCCAUAUCCUACUACAAAGCUCAUGUGGAUUCCUGACACCAAGGGAGUAUAUCCAGACCUGUUGGCAACCAGCGGUGAUUACCUGCGUGUGUGGAGAGUGGGUGAAACUGAGACCCGACUGGAGUGCUUGCUGAACAAUAAUAAGAACUCUGACUUUUGUGCCCCGUUAACAUCAUUUGAUUGGAAUGAAGUGGAUCCUUAUCUUCUCGGUACCUCUAGUAUUGACACAACCUGUACUAUCUGGGGUCUGGAGACUGGGCAGGUAUUGGGAAGAGUAAAUCUGGUAUCGGGCCAUGUCAAGACCCAGCUUAUUGCACAUGACAAAGAGGUAUAUGACAUUGCAUUUAGCCGCGCGGGUGGCGGGAGAGACAUGUUUGCGUCAGUUGGCGCAGAUGGCUCGGUACGGAUGUUUGACCUUCGUCAUCUGGAGCACAGCACCAUUAUCUAUGAGGAUCCACAGCACCAUCCGUUGCUGCGUCUGUGCUGGAACAAGCAGGAUCCCAACUAUCUUGCAACAAUGGCCAUGGAUGGUAUGGAGGUUGUGAUUCUAGAUGUCAGAGUUCCCUGCACACCCGUUGCCAGGUUAAACAACCACAGAGCAUGUGUGAAUGGCAUUGCCUGGGCACCUCACUCUUCCUGCCAUAUCUGUACAGCAGCGGAUGACCAUCAGGCUCUCAUCUGGGAUAUCCAGCAAAUGCCUCGUGCCAUUGAGGACCCAAUCUUGGCCUACACAGCAGAAGGGGAAAUCAACAAUGUACAGUGGGCAUCGACUCAGCCGGACUGGAUAGCUAUCUGCUACAACAACUGUCUGGAGAUCUUGAGAGUGUAACACUAUUGGUCUGUGCCAAACUGAGGCAGGGCUUUAUAACUUCCCCUCCCCUCUAAAGUAAGAACAAACAUGUUUCAAGUGGCCAGUAUCUUUUGUUGCUUUGCAUCUACUGUUCCAAGAAACUGUUACAGGAGUUAAUGGCAGGUGUCGGCUAUCCCUACAAGACUCAGAAAAUGAAGGGACGCACCCAGCCUCUUGGACCUUCUGGGUUUUGAUUUUAAUACUUUUCUCAAUUAAAAAGUUCUGUAUAUCUGUUUGUUGACUGUGUUAAUGAGCAUUACAGGCUUUAAAUGACUGUUUUAAGUUGCGGCAUAUAUCCAUGUGUUUGUCAGCCAGCUGAGGCAGCACAUUCAAUUAGUUUGAUAGAUGUAAGUGCAAAACUAGGUGGAAAGAAAAGACAUUAAUAUUAACCACCGCCUUUGCAGGAAUUUUUAAUCAUUCCUGUUACUGUCCCUAAAUCGUUUGAACGUUUGUAUGUUUUUAUAUAUUGGACUAAGUUUCUAUUAAGUAGGCUCUUCACCCCAGUUCUUAUUUUUGAUAUGUGAUCCACAUCCAUAAGCCCCAAGCAGGAUCUGUUGAUGAUGAUGGGUCAUAAGCAUCAUUGUAGGCUUCCUAGCAGUAAAACAGUUGCUGUAGCUGUUGCCUUGGCUAUAUGCCCCUGACCACACCUGGUGCUGUGAAGUACCAUGACUUGUCAUACUGUUCUUUCAUUUUAACUGACGCUAGAGGCAGUUGUUACUAUGGUGGGCCUUAUGUUAGAUCAUAACUGAAUUAUUGAGUCUCCCACAGCUGUAUUACUUAACUGAAUGGUGACAAGAUUCACAAGGAGAAGAUGCUAGCAUGACUAGAGCUAUUUUUGAAAACAUUUAAUAAAAAAUGCGACUUGUAAUGCAUUUUGGAUAGACACUUCCAAUCAAAUGAUUCUUCUAGAAAGCUUCCUAUCUGAACUAAACUAAAAUGGUUUCACACUUUCUAGCUUACUUGAUUGGCAACUGUAAUUCUAAGCAAAAUUUGUAUCUAACCUAUACCUUGGAGGUUUUUUUGCAUUUGGCUCAUCUUCCUGGGAGUUCUAGAAGGUGAACAUGUGAAGAGCUAGCUUUCCUUCCUAAGAGCAAGGAGAGAAGCAUUAGCAUUGUACUGUCAGAUCUUGUUGGAUGAAUGUGAUCGAAGCAGUUAGAACAGGUGGUCUGCUGUCCAAAGGCAAGUUAUGCCCCUGUAAAGGAAAGUUUCCUAAAGUACCAUACAGGGUUGGGUCUAAAUUAAAAGAAGUUGCCCAACGUGUGUCUCAAAUGGAGACCUUGUUUUGGCUCUAGCUGUCAUUCUUACAUACUGCAACUCUUGUAAGAGGAGCAGGAUAGGUAUGGUGUGAUGGGAGCCUUCUGUUUUCAUCCAAGUUCCCUUUCUGAAGUGGAAAGGAAAAGGAGAGCGAAGCCGUCCCUCUGUCACCAUGAUGCUUUAUGCGGAGGGAUAGCAAAAUUCUUUGUCAUUUGAACAUGGCAGGUAGUUUGAAUGUUGUCAUUUUUCUUGUUUUGAUCAGCUAACUGCAAUACCCUUCAAAUGAGAAGGUGACAAACUGAACACCGCACUGUGGUGAGGUCUAACCAUCACCUUGUUCUGUAACAAUAGACUGAGCUGAUGAGGUCAAGAUCCAGAUCAGCUGACCCUGACUCCUUACCUGGAGAGACAAUCUUGAUAUUGACUGAAAACCAAAGGCAGCAUUAUACAUAAAAAGGCAACAUUUAAUUAAUUUUUCUAAGAACAUUAGGCUUCCAGUUUGAAGUAGCUUCAGUUGUAUACACCGUCUCUGCCAUGUCCCUAGUCAACUCUCUUGCAACCACAAGUUUCUAUUUUAAAUGCUCUAUCCAUCUUGUUCUGAGACAUUUGCUCCAGAAAUUAUUGAUACACAAGUGUGGAGCCACACGUUAAACUUGGUCCCUCUUCAAAGUAGAGCUGUGCCUUUAAAGUUAAACUUAAAUAUGCAAGCAUAUUAAAAAAUGAAAGUUGUGUUUCUCAUAGCAACAUUCAUUUAUAUUGUGUAGGCUGCUUUCAUUUAGAUAUACUUGUAAAAAUAUUACACGAAAAAUUCUUGCAUGUGUAUCUAAAUACAAGUACUAGAUACAGAGUAAACAAGCUAAUGUCAGUGAGAGAAGCAUAAACCUUUUGCUUCCUGAACUCUGCAAACUAAAUGUGUUUAUAUAACAUUGCAAUAAGUUUUGCAUUUCAUGUUUUGGGGAAGUAGGGUUUUGGGGGAGGACUACUUUCAUAAUAAUAUUUGAAUAGUCCCAGUUAAGCUUUGAAGUCUUAUUCUGUUGAUGAUGUAAAUUGUGUGGGUAAAGGUUGAGUUGCUGCUGCUUGGCUGCAGACAGAUUUCUGCAAGGCUGAGUUAACAGCGUAGCUGUACAUCUGUUUCUAGCUGCGGUCUUCAGAAGGCAAAAGUGAUAGCAACAUAAUGUUUAAGCUGAAAGCUUAGUUUUUGCAGAACUACAAAGAAUGCAUCAAAAACGGUGGAUCCUAUGAUCUUAAUAACUUGUCCACCGUUUUCUCCAGUCUCUGAUCCUGACAGGUUCAUGUUUUAAUGAGAAACUUAGUUUCCUGCAAACUGUUUGCGGUCAGGUCAGAUACUGAGCUUAUGUGGUUUCUCUGCCCACUACAGGCUGUAUUAGGCAGAAUGGUAUUGAACAUGCUCAUUGACUCUUCUCUGUAGAUUCUUGUACUAUGUGCAUUACUGUGGUAUCUGAACAACUUUAAAUCACACUCUUCCUCCCACUCAGCUGAGUGAUGGUCAUGGAGAACAAUUCACUUGGAGAAGUUUUAGUUGAUACGGUGAGAGCUCUUUUGUGUUAAGGAAAGUGAAUAAACAUCCAGUUGAAAAGGGAUUUUCCUCAAACUUUCCAAAAAUAUUAUCCCACCCUGACUAAGAACAGAGUUUAGAGAGUGAGAAUUGAGCAUGUGAAAAUGAGACUAAAUUAGUACACAUAACUUCAUAGCUUCCAUUACCAGCAGAAGUGGUUCUGUUAUGUACACUGAGGAGACUUCAUCUUGGGGCCUUCCUCCAUAAGAUUUCUUGCAGAACAUUUGUGGCUUUGUCUAUAGAGAUUAGGCUCCUGAUCCAAAGUUCCUUGAAUGCAAUGGAAGCACCUGCUCACUUGGCCAGUUGGACUGCUUUUGGCUUUGUUACUUCCUUUGGGUCAUGUCCUGCUGUCAUUCCAUGGGUGGAACCCCAGGGAAGCCAGGGGACAUUGUAUGGCACAGACACCACUUGUUUUCAGAAGUCAUUUGGUAGCUUAAUGAGCAUUGCCUGAAUAUUACCCCAAAUCUUUCUAGAGAAGGAGUUUAGUAAUACAAAUGGCAUGUCCGUAUAGGUAAGGAAAUGAGGCUUCAAUGCCCUCACCUUCCUACUCUCACACAAGGGGCAAUGAGGGAGGAGUUGAACUAUCCAUCAGUUCAUUUAUUUGCAUGGCAAAUUAACCCCCCUUCCCCGAGAUGUAUAUGGUGCUGAGGGUUAAUGACCAAAAAACUACUCAGCAGCAGAUUCCACCUGCUGAAUAGUCCAAUUAGAUGUGGAAAUCUUGCACAGUUCCUUUGUGCUGAUGAAUUCAAAUACCUCAGCCCACCUUACAUUUACCACUUGCCAAGUCUCCAUAAGCAUUAUUUCUUCCAGAGUUAGUGGAAAUAACUGGUUCAGUGACUCAUUUUGGUGGUGGCUCUUUAAAUGAUUGUGAGACUAUACAGAGAAACUGCCUUUAAAGAAUUUUGCAUUGAGGUGGGAGAAUAGAAAUGGAGACCUUAGACCAGUGGUUCUCAACCUGCGGACCGCUUGUGGCCCAAUCAGCACACAGCUGUGGCCCCUGUGACAUCCUCAGGACCAUACACGUAGCAUAUAUAUUGUGUGGGUGCAGACCACACAAAACAGAGGACUGCAUGUGUGGCCCACAAUGGUAAAUAGGUUGAGAACCACUGCCUUAGACCUUUACCUAAGCAUCAGUGAGCUUGGCACAGAAGUGAAUUUCGUAAUGGGACUGAAAGUGCCAUUUCUCCUCCAACUUCACUAGUUUUUGUAUCUUUUCUCUGGCUGGCUAAUUCCAGCCAUUGAGCUGCAUUUGAAAAACCCAACUGCCCAGGAUAAUCAACUAUAACUAUGGGCAGUUAAUAUGUCUUGGCUCUCAGCCCAAAGAUGAGGUGAGACUCUAAAAGCUAGUUGGAGAAUGAGCCAGUGCAUUAGUAUGUUAAAUCUGUAUAUCACUGAAUUAAAUCUGUCUGUGGUAGGUUGCUGCAACUAAACUUGCCCUGCCAUGUGCUAGGAUUUAAUAGUCAAAGUUGCUUUGACAAUCUCUUUGAGUAAGAAAUUCAGUGGUCUCAAAGUAUAGAAAGAGAAGAGUUUGACACUGCAGGUUGUUCCUUACUUUAAGGCCCCCUGGGUACUUUCUUGCUUCCCAUAAGAGUCAAAAUUCAUGAUCCCUUCAAAAUUUACUUGUGAUCACACAUCUGCAUUGCUUCUGAUUAGUUUUUUUGAACAGUGGCUAAUAAAGGUCAGCAGCCAGAAUAGAUUCAUCGAUGAGAUGCUAAAUCCACAGCUGUGAGAUCUGUAGAUUGCUCCUUAACUGGGAUUCGAUUGGAGAAAUGUAUGUCUGUGCUAAUGUAUUGGCUCAUACAUACAUUUUUUUGGACUCUUGUUUUAAAAUAUAAGUUCAGGAAGCUGAGCACGCCGGUUUACGUGCUCUAGAUGGAACUUUAGCAGGUAUAUUUUUGUUAGGGUUAGGAAUGGAAUAACCUUCCUACCUCAGUACUUUAAGGCUGGCGUUUGACUCUGAACCCUGUGUCUGAGUAAUAAAAUCUUAAAUACAGCGUGAGAGUUUCCUGAAUGUUGCAGUUCCAAACUGGCUCUGGCAGGCAGCACAUGGUGACCUCUUUCACGCCAAAACCACCUGAAAAGCAACACCAAAAAUGUGAGCACUUGAAAAUGCUGUUAACGCUACAAACAGUGAGGCUUUAUAUUCAGAUGACAGCAUGAUCCAGAAGGGAUCUCUCAAGCACUUGACUUUGCCUCUUGCCCAAACAACUUUUUUUUGCUUCAUUUGGGUACUUUUAUUAUUGCCUAGUUGUGUUUGGGGGACCCUGGAAUUAGGUGCCCUUUCAAACAUAUGGCAGUAAUGACAGGUGGUUUGGGUAGAUAGUUAUCUUGGGAUGUAGGUGAAUUCUGCAGUCUUUGUCAAUUCCCUAAUGUCAGGAAAAUUGAUGUAGCUUUCUGUGACUUAAGAUGCAGAAUUCAAAGAUCUUUGACUUGUCAAAAUUCCUUGGUGCUGACUACCUUAACCCUUUCAGUAUAUGCAGCACAGGCAGAAAUGGAUAAAUCACAAGGCCCAGCUCCGUGCACAGUAGGGCUGUACAAUUGUUUAUACCUCCCUCAAGGUAUUGAAAGGGUUUGUUAUCCCACUACUGCCACACAGAAUGGUUCUGCCACUUCAGACUCAAAGGAAGCAUUAUCCAGUCAGUGGGCAGUUAAGGUAUCUCUGAAUGACCAGUUGCUUUUCACUCCAAGGUCACUGGUUCAAAUCCCAGUCUAGGCAUUGUUUUGAUCCGUGGUCUGUAUGAAAUGAGCUGGUUUCCAGAUCUGAUUCCUAAUGGGCAGGGGCUCUAGAUGGGCCCCCUUCUUAAUGUCUGCAGAGAAGCCUACGGAUUUAAUGGUAGGUGACACUUAAACAGCACUUUUUCCAUGCUUGCUUGGCAACCAAAUUUCCCUAGGGAAGGUCGCUCUAAGUCAUAGAUGAGGUACAUUGACAAAGGUAUGGUGAGUGAAGUAACUUGCACUGCCCAUGCUGUAGCCAGAGGAUCUCUCUCUCUCUAAGGUUUUUGAUCCAGCACCUUUCACCAGCACUGAAAUAGUAACAAAGGUGACUAGACACCAGCUACCGAGGUGCUUGUCUGGCAACUGGAGACGGAACAGAGAGGCAAGAGCAGGUCUAACAGGAAGUUACGCACUAUUGUAUUAGACUUCUGGACAGCCUUUAGUCUGCCUAGUAUCGCAAACUCUCUCUUCUGGUGUACAGAUACCAUCAGUCUAGAAUUUCCUUGCUAGUGAGGAAAGUGACCUGCUUGGCAUCAUUUUCAGAUAAGCUAAUAAAGGACAAUGCUGAGGGGUUUCUUUUAAUUCUUGCAAGGUUCUGCGGCCACAACAAACUACAGGCCCUGGUUCCAUCUCUCGUCAUACAUGCAAGUCAGCGUCUCUUAGAAUGUCUGUUUUCCUGUUUGUAAAAUGUGCAAGUUUCCUUCUACGUGAGAGAGGAUACAGGCGAGUUUCAUCUUAUGCUGGGGUUAUGUUCCGCUGUCAGCGCGUAAAGCAAAAAACACACAUGGUCAAAAUUACGUUGAGUGUAAUGGUGGGCGAAUUGCCCGUGCUACAGAAACGGUAUUUAAAUUAUUUUUCUCUCAUUUUUUUUUUCGUCUUUGCUGACUGCAAAGCUGAAUUCUUGCAUGUUAAAUGUGCAUAAGAUGAGACUCGCCUGUAAUUGGUCAGGCAAAUCUGAAUGAAGGCAUAGAGAACUUGCUAAACAAAGGAGGAAGGACUCUGGCAGUAAAUAGUACUGCUGUAAGCAAUGUGGUAUUUUGACAACCUGGUGUAUAGGAAUUUGUGGUACCUGCUAUUUAAAAGGAUCUUUUUUUUUACUUGGGUUGCCAGCAGUAUGCAAUAUAAUGAAUAAAUCUGUCGAGCCGAAACUUUUUUUUUACUACUAGUAAUUAAGUAGAAGAUGUUCAUUUUGUUAUGUGUAUUCCCUUCUGCUGUUCCCAUGUCAAGUCCCAUUUUGAUAACUUCCUGAAGGUGUGAUCUUUGUAGCAUGAUUGUACAAACAUACAUAUGAAAUCCCAGAUUUCUUGUUCUCACUAAAAUAUGUUAAAGCAAUAGAGAUUUUACUGCUGUCAUGCAUAGCCUAAGGUGUGUGCACACUUUUUUCCUCUUUCAUAUUGCUUGAGAUUUGCAACUUUGCUACUAUACUGUACUAGAGGAAUCCUAGCAUCCCAUUAUCGGGCAGACUCAGACACGUUGUUGCUAUGAGUAACUGCAGUGUCCUGGUAUUCCUUUUUUUAAUUAUUUUUAUGGAGACACAAUAUCAAAGGUUUUGUUACAGUGGAUUUUAACACCCGAACCCUGGAACCAUAUUAUUGAAACUCUGUAAAUUAAGUCAGUCUUUUAUGAAACCGCUCGAAAGUGGAAUGUUGCAUUCUUUUAUGCUAUUUCCUGCUUCCUAUGUAGUUUUAUUCAAUUUUUUAACCUUUUUCAGUUUCAGCCUCCUGUGUAUUAGGUACAGUAUUUUCUGCCUUUCAUACUUUGUAAUAAAAAUUGAACAUUUAUAGAUUGA